AUGUCGAAGGUUGAUAAUAGACUCGAAGGCCGCUUAGCGCUCGUCACAGGUGCUUCCGGGGGAAUCGGCGCAGCGAUUGCUCGAGACCUGUGGGCGCAAGGCGUCUCUCUCGUUCUGACCAGCUACAGCAAACCUCAGGUCGUCACUGAUCUGGCCAUAGAGCUAGCGCGCUGCAGCCAUGGGAACCAACGCCUCUACACUCACUGUCUGGACACGGGGUCAUUGGAAGCUGUCGAGCAGCUCUUCAGGGACAUCAAGGAGAAGCAUGGUCAAGACGGUCCGGACAUCCUGAUAUCCAACGCAGGCUAUGGAAAGCGGUUCCCGGGCAUAAGGGACGUGAGCAUGGAGGAGUUCGACCGCACCAUCAACAUCAACCUGCGGGCCUCGUUCGUCCUCUCCAAGCUCAGCAUCCCGCACAUGGAAGCUCGAGGAUGGGGACGUAUCGUCUUCGUGUCUUCGAUCGCUGCGCAGGGCGGAGGCAUCAACGCGUGUCACUAUGCCGCGAGCAAAGCUGGCUUAACCGGGAUGAUGAAGAACCUGGCCACGAGGCAUGCGAAGUCCGGCAUCACUGUCAAUGAUAUUGCGCCGGCUAUGAUAGGGGAGACGGGUCUGAUCCCGGAUGCGUCGUCCGUGGAGGGCACGCCUGGCGACGUGAAGAACAUUCCGGUAGGGAGGCUUGGGACACCGCAGGAGUGUGCUGGGGUCGUCACGAUGCUAUGCAAGACGGGCUACAUGACAGGCCAAAGCAUCUUGUUGAGUGGUGGUCUCAAGUAG